AUGCGUAAAAAUCAACAAUUAUUACUACAAAAAAGAAAACCAGAACCAGUAGUUUAUAAAGAAAUAAGAAUAAACGUCGAAAUAAAACAAUCGGAAAACAAUAUUUUUAAUUUUCCUGAUUUGUGUAAAGAAGCUGGCAUAGAUCUUACAAUGCCCAAACAAAAAUAUAAAAAUUAUCAUUCCGAGGAACCUCAACUCAAUGAACCUGGUGAUGAUUUCUUUAGGAGGAUACUUGAGAAUUCUGAAAAAUACGCAGAGGAGGAAGAAGAACAGAAUAAUAGGAAAAAGAAAAGACAAGAAAGAUAUGAUAUCUCUGAUCCAUUCAUCGAUGAUAGUGGUAUGGUUCCAUUUCGACUAGAUAAGCCUCGCCCUAAAAUCGAAGGUUUCUACGUAUGGAGAGGUCCAUUAGAAUUAGAAAAUACAAAUGAAAAGGCUCCUGGAAAGAAGAGAGCAUAUAAACGUAAAAAGAAAGACAACAAUGAGGAGGAGGAGGAGACAAGAGGCACACCAAAACCUCGUAAAAAACCCAUGGGCGAUAUUGAUAUUGUACCUUAUAAUAUACCUGAUAGUAUUCAGCAAACAUCAAAAGAUCCAUCUUCGUCAUCUUCCAAUUCGAAUGCGCUUGAUGACACUCAACAGAAAACUCUUAAUAAAAACCGAUCCAAAGAACAUAAAGAGCAUAAAGAACAAAACAAUGAUAUUGAACCAUUAAAUUCUGAAUUGCAACAAAUCUUAUCAAUUUUUAAAGAUGAAAUAUCAAAAGAAAGCUUUCAAGUCAAAUCAAGAUUUCCACAAAGCCUUAAACCUACUUUGAUUAAAUUAUUGUCUAAAGCAUAUGAACUUGGUGAAUUUAAUGAAAAUCUUUUCAAAAAUUUGACAAACAUUCUACCUUACAAUAAAUUCACCAUAACACGUCUUUGCUAUAGAACAAUGUAUCCAAAGGCAAUCCACGAUUCACGAUUUAAAAAAACAGAUUUGAUUUCACAAUUUAAGUCAUCAGUCGAUGAAGCAAUGUCUAAACUAUUAAAAGAAUACAAUGAACUAUCCAAAAAAUUUAAAUGGGAUAAUCAUAUCAAGUCCUUACUAUAUCAAAUAAUUCAAACUGAAAUGUCUAUCGUAAUGAUGUGUAAUCAACUCGCUGAGGCAGAAGAGAGAACCGAAAGACAAUCUGAACAAACUUCUAGAAAAAAAUUGUAUCAACAUCUUUUAGCAAUUUGGCCAGAUGAGUGGAUGUCAUCUAACGAAAUAGGAAAAAUUUACAGUGCAUAUAAAAAGAAACAGCAAUCUUGA